UACUUGACGUCGAUCCAUCUACACCCUUGCAAGUGGGGUUUUUGCACAGUUGGCAAGGUUGAGGACCCUCUGUUCCGAGCUCAGACAGAGGCGCCAGAGGUGGCGGGGACCAACGGCGGGGGUGGGGCGCAUGCGCGCGGUUGCUAGGCAACGGCGGUCAGGGCGCCGCGGCGGUAACAGAGCCUGGGCUGUGUGUGUAGGCAGCGGCGCCAGAGGAGGAGGAGGAGCACGAGGAUGCAGCUGCGACCGCGGCCCCAAGAGGGAGCCGCCGCUGUUCUGUGGCCGCGGGGGCUGAGGGACAGGAAUAAGGCCUGGGGGUCGCUUUGCUGAGGGGACCGAGGGCAGCGGUCCCGCCAGAGGCUCUGGCCUAGUACCUUGGGAGGGUUCGGGCCGCUCGGCGAGGGCCUGCCCCCGGUUGCCUCCCUUCGUCCGUCCACGUCGAUGGUGGUGAAGUUGGCGGCGCCACGGAACACAAGACACCAAUCCGUGUUUCAGCUCCUCUCUGGCCCUGGCUCUUGGACUGCUGCACCGCCGCCGCCUUCUCGCCCGCCGAGCUCACUCCCGGCGGCGGGCGGGGGAGGGGCUCCCACCUGCAAGGGCUGCGUCCAGCGGGGCGACGACUGGGGCCGUAGGAGAGUAGGGAGUGUCAACCCCAAGCUUGUGGUGGAUUGUAAUGUACAAGAGAAACAUCCAGAGACCUACAUACAAGUUAUGAGAUACCAGACUACUCAUACUAAACUCAGAAGAAGCCAAGAAGUGAGAGCUUUCUUCUGAUCAUGCUGUGAGCUGGGGCAGAGAGACUAUGAUACACAAAGGAAGUGAUUUUUCUUCCAUCUGUCUGAAGAUGUAAUGACAAAAUGGCCAUCUUCAAUCCAGAAAAGGGACUGGUAACAUCGGAACGUAACAAACCAGAAAAACAAAACCGUGCACCAUUGCCACCACAUUUUCUUAUAGAGGAAUGCCACUCUAUGUGGAUCCCAAGCAGGCUAAAAAGAAAAAGAACUGAUUAGACCUCAGACUGCCCACUGAACGGGAUGACGGCCACAGCUGCGGUGGAGACACCAAAAAUGGACAAGAGUGCCUCCAAGGAAGAGAAACAACAGCCUAAGCAGGACAGCACGGAGCAGGGCAAUGCUGACCCUGAAGAGUGGAUGAGCUCUGAGAGUGACCAUGAGCAGGUGACCCUGAAAGGCGGUAACACCACCACCUGCCAACCUAAAGAUGGCCAACUGAAGAGGAAGGAGUUGCCCUCCAAGCCCCACCGCCAACUCUGCCGAUCACCCUGCCUGGAUCGCCCAAGUUUCUCCCAGAGCAGCAUUUUACAGGAUAGCAAGCUCGACUUGGAGAAAGAAUACCAAGCCAAGAUGGAUUUCGCUCUGAAGCUGGGCUAUGCAGAGGAACAGAUUCAAUCAGUACUGCACAAGCUGGGACCAGAAUCACUUAUUAAUGAUGUCUUGGCAGAGCUUGUCAGACUUGGCAACAAAGGUGAUUCCGAAGGGCAGGUCAACCUGACUCUGGUAGUGCCUCGUGGGUCCAGCUCCAGAGAAAUUCCAAGCCCUGAAUUAUCUCUUGAAGAUGAAAUUGACAGCAGUGAUAAUCUGAGGCCAAUUGUCAUUGAUGGAAGCAACGUGGCAAUGAGCCAUGGAAAUAAAGAAGAAUUCUCCUGCCGAGGAAUACAACUUGCUGUGGACUGGUUUUUAGAUAAAGGUCAUAAAGAUAUUACUGUAUUCGUGCCUGCGUGGAGAAAGGAGCAGUCCCGCCCUGAUGCACCAAUUACAGAUCAAGAUGUUCUACGGAAACUGGAAAAGGAAAAGAUUCUUGUCUUCACACCAUCGCGAAGGGUCCAAGGCAGGAGGGUUGUCUGCUAUGAUGACCGGUUCAUAGUCAAACUGGCUUUUGAUUCUGAUGGCAUAAUUGUGUCCAACGAUAACUACCGAGACCUUCAAGUUGAAAAGCCAGAAUGGAAGAAGUUCAUCGAAGAGCGGUUGCUGAUGUAUUCUUUUGUGAAUGACAAAUUUAUGCCUCCAGAUGAUCCUUUAGGACGCCAUGGCCCAAGCCUUGAAAAUUUCCUAAGAAAGAGACCUGUCGUUCCUGAGCAUAAGAAGCAACCAUGUCCUUAUGGCAAAAAAUGCACCUACGGCCACAAGUGCAAAUACUACCACCCGGAGCGGGCCAACCAACCGCAGCGUUCGGUGGCUGAUGAGCUCCGCAUCAGUGCCAAACUGUCCACAGUGAAAACCAUGAGCGAAGGUACCCUGGCCAAGUGUGGCACAGGGAUGUCUAGUGCCAAAGGUGAGAUAACCUCAGAGGUCAAACGGGUGGCCCCCAAGCGCCAAUCCGAUCCCAGCAUCCGGUCUGUGGCUGUGGAGCCUGAGGAAUGGCUGUCCAUUGCCCGUAAGCCUGAGGCCAGCUCUGUCCCCUCGCUUGUGACCGCCCUAAGUGUCCCCACACUCCCACCCCCCAAAAGCCAUGCAGUGGGUGCGCUCAACACCCGUUCGGCCAGCAGCCCAGUACCAGGAUCCUCCCAUUUCCCACACCAGAAGGCCUCACUGGAGCACAUGGCAAGCAUGCAGUAUCCUCCCAUCCUCGUUACCAACAGCCAUGGGACCCCUAUUAGCUAUGCUGAGCAAUACCCAAAGUUUGAGUCCAUGGGGGACCAUGGCUACUAUUCAAUGUUAGGUGAUUUUUCCAAGUUAAACAUCAACAGCAUGCAUAAUCGAGAGUACUACAUGGCUGAAGCAGACCGGGGGCUGUAUGCCCGGAAUCCCAACCUCUGCCCAGACAGCCGCAUGAGCCAUACCAGGAACGACAACUAUUCCUCCUACAACAAUCUGUACUUGGCUGUAGCUGAUGCCCAUUCUGAAGGCAGUUUGAAGUUGCACCGCUCAGCAUCUCAGAACCGACUGCAGCCCUUCCCUCAUGGUUACCAUGAAGCCUUAACACGAGUGCAGAGUUAUGGCCCAGAGGAUUCUAAGCAGGCCCCUCACAAGCAGUCAGUCCCACACUUAGCUCUGCAUGCCCAGCACCCAGCAACUGGCACACGCUCCAGCUGUCCAGGAGACUACGCCAUGCCUCCCAAUAUCCAUCCCGGGGUACCUCCCCAGCCAGGCCGGGCCCUGGUGAUGACACGGAUGGACAGCAUCUCUGACUCACGCCUCUAUGAGAGCAACCCCAUGAGGCAAAGACGACCUCCUCUGUGCCGGGAACAGCACGCCAGCUGGGACCCACUGCCCUGUGCAGCUGACUCCUAUGGCUACCACUCCUAUCCCUUGAGUAACAGCCUCAUGCAACCGUGUUAUGAGCCAGUCAUGGUACGCAGCGUCCCCGAAAAGAUGGAGCAGCUUUGGAGGAAUCCAUGGGUUGGAAUGUGCAAUGAUUCCAGGGAGCAUAUGAUCCCAGAGCACCAGUAUCAGACCUACAAGAACCUCUGCAAUAUCUUCCCUCCCAACAUUGUCCUUGCAGUGAUGGAGAAGAAUCCCCACACAGCAGAUGCCCAGCAACUGGCAGCCCUGAUUGUUGCUAAGCUUAGGGCUGCACGUUGACAUGACACAGUACUCGGUCCUUGCUAGAAGUAGGAUUAUUAAUACUUCAAAUACACUAAUACUCUGAUAAUAGUAACUAAUCAUUUGUGUGGCACUUGCCGAGUUACAGAGUAUUUACAUCAUUUAAGUGCAUAACAACCCUGUGAGGUAGGUCUUGUCAACAUCCUAUGUUAUAGAGCAGGGAGCUGAAGCUCAGAGAGAUUGACUUGCCAGUCACGCUGCUAGCAGAUGACUUAAGUCACACACCCAAGUCCUCUGACAAGUCCCAGGACCUUUUUGCACUGCACCACACAGGUAAUGGAGG